CGUUCGUACCUCAGCACCGUGCUUACCAGGUCAGGUCGACUGUCUGUCGUUUCUUCUUACUCUCGCUUUUUGGAAAGUCGUUGACAAGCAAUACCAUAUUUAGUCACUGGUAUAUUUAAUAUUUCAUCAUGCGUCUUGCGGCCGCGUCUCUGGCCCUUUUGCCGGCCAUUACGGUAGCUCUCGAGGGCUACCACGGGCCAGGAUUAUUCGGUGCUCCCCCUCUGAAGGUGUUGAGAGGCAUCGAAAUCGACUACGGAUCCGACUACGAGACCAGAGGUUUGAAGGAAUCGCGCCAAGAACCAAUUGGAGGAACCGAUGGACGAUGCGGUUCAGACUUUGGUGGAACAAGUUGCGCGGAAGGAUACUGCUGUUCACCUACUAGUUGGUGUGGUAACAAUUCUAGUUACUGUAGCGCACCAAACUGUCAGUACCAGUACGGAUCUGGCUGCGGUACGAACGAGAAGCCAUCAGGACCUGAUACUUUUAAUACUGAUCGCCCACAUCUUGGUAGCGUCCCAUAUGGUGGCGCCGGUAUCUACCACUGCACUGUUCCUGGGACCGUCGCCCUGACUUACGACGAUGGUCCAUCCAUCUAUACUAAUGCUGUGCUGGAUCUCCUUAAUCAAUAUGACGCUAAGGCUACGUUUUUUAUCUCCGGUAAUAAUAAUGGCAAGGGAAUGAUCGACUCGACCCCUGCUUGGAGCGCUGUUAUACAACGUAUGGCCAACGACGGUCACCAGGUUGCUUCCCAUACCUGGUCGCACCAGAACUUGGACAAAGUCAGCGAUGAACUGCGUAAGCAGGAAAUUCUCUAUAACGAGAUCGCCCUCCAGAAUAUUCUUGGGUACUUCCCUACUUACAUGCGGCCACCUUACUCUGGAUGCAUUACGCCCUCAUGUAUGCAGGAUAUGGCAGAUCUUGGCUACCACAUCAGCUAUUUUGAUGUGGACACGGACGAUUAUAAUAACCUUACCCCAGAGUCGAUCCAGACCGCCAAGAACAACUUCGCGGACGCUGUCGUCCUUCCGACUACUAACAAGUUCCUUUCUAUCUCCCAUGACCUCCAUCCGCUGAGUACCCAGGACCUGACCCUCUUCAUGCUCGAUCGUAUCCAGGCUCUGGGUUUCCGAGCAGUGACCAUGGGCGAGUGCUUGGGCGACCCGAUCCAAAACUGGUACCGUAGUGGCAACGGCGGCACCAUUCCCUCCGCUUCUCUUCUAGCGCCGACCGCGGCCUCUUCCGAUCCCGAAAACUCAAGCCCUACUCCGGCUGAGAUCUCCAGCGGAGGUGGCUCCGCCGCCCCUAUCUCUGAGUCGUCCGGAGGCCCACCCAACCCAACCAGCGCCCCUAUCUCUGAGUUGUCCGGAGGCCCACCCAACCCAACCAGCGCCACCCCUCCGCCAUCCUUCACUGGCGCCGCGUCCGCCAAUCUGGUCGUUGGCCUCGUUGUUGCCAUUGCCUUUGCCAUUGCCGCCUUCUAAGCAACGAGAACUCCAUUUGUUACGAUCUAAGGGAUGGGAGGAGCUUUACGACCAAUCACAGUUAUACUUACCUACGGGGGUAAGCAAGGGCUCGCAAGGAACAGACGUGAGCUUGUUAUGGUUUCGUAUGAACUGUGUCAAGAUGAAGAAGACCGAUGUCCUAUCUAGAAUGCUACAUAACUACAGGAAGCAUUAUCAUAGAGAUAGGAUAGGGAUCACCUGACCGUUGGUGGUGAUCCAUGCCCACGAUAUCCGCAACAGAGCACCGUAAGUUCUGCUCACGAUGCUUGACGAAAGAAUGAGCUGGGUGAGCAUGGUCCACGAUACUCACUUGAUGAGGAUUUGGGUAUAUAAACAAGCAAUGUCUUCACUCUUUAGACCUUACGUUCAACUCCUCACAAUUUCCUUAUCUAUACGUUUUGAAUUGAUA